AUGUCGUUCCUUUUUGGUGGUGGGCGACCACAACCCACGUCCGAACAGAAGAUCGCUGCAGCAGAAAAUGAAGUCGAGAUGGUCUCGGACAUGUUCCAAAGACUAACACAGUCCUGCCUCAAGAAAUGCAUACCAGCCGACUACCGCGAAGCUGAACUCAACAAGGCCGAAAGCGUGUGCCUCGAUCGAUGUGUGGCCAAGUUCUUCGAGGUCAAUAUGAAGGUGUCGGAGAAGAUGCAGGGCGAAGCUGCUAUGAGACAAGGCGGAGGCGGUGGAGGGGGCGGCAUGUUUGGCAUGUAA